CUUUGCUUUGCCAACUACCGAUAUCCUCGCUCCUUUGCGUAUAAGGAUUAGCGCGUUUUCUUGCUGUCGCCGCUGUCUAAGCAAGGGCGCUGGGUAGGAGCUGCACUGGUACCGCAACUUUAUUCAUAUUAAUAAGAACUAGUUACAGAUGUUCUUGGGAAUGGUGGCCGGCCUUCGGGUCGGCCACCGAGAACUAGCUGCGUCGGCAACGACGCUGUCAUCGAUUGCGGGACUUCGCGGAACUAUUCUUGAGUCCGUGGAAAACUCUAUCUCGCUUAUAUGCAAUCGACAAUAUUCUUCAAGAGGACCCGCAUACCCCGCUGGUCAGCCGAUACACGCAACGCAUCCUGAGCUCAUUGCCCCCCAUGAGUUAACGCCCGGCAUCCCCGCCUCCGAGUACCGCGCGAGGCGGCAGCGGCUCGCCGCGCUGCUGCCCCCGGGCGGCGCCGCCAUCCUGCCCGCCGCAGCCACAGCCUACAUGUCGGGCGUCAUCCCCUGGCCCUACCGCCAGGACCCCGACUUCUUCUACCUCACGGGAGUCAUGCAGCAUGGCCUGGCGCUCAUUACGGCACCCAAGCAGGGCUCUUCCUCCCAGGAAGCCACCUACACGCUUUUCAUCGACCCGCCCAGCCCCAGCCAAGCCAAGUGGGAUGGUGCGGGUCUGAGUCGUGAGGUCGCCCUAGAGGUGUUUGGAGCGGACGAAGUGCUCUACAUGCACCAGAUGCCCCGACGUCUCCAUGAUCUCGCCUCCUCCCUCGCCGCCGCCUCCGCCUCCUCCCCUGCCGUAUACGCCCCGAUCCUGUACGACACCGAUCGUACCAACGCCCACCACGCCACAGCCAUCGCCGCCGCGCUGAAACCCGCGCUUUCAAAACCCGGCGCGAUUCAGCCCCUGCGUCCGCUCAUGCACAGCCUGAGGCUGAUCAAGAGUCAGGCGGAGGCAGCACUCAUGCGGACGUCAGCGGCGGUUGCCUCCGCCGCCGUACGGCAAUGCAUGGCGGUUUCGGCGCCGGGGGUAACGGAGUACGGGUUGGGGGCGACGUUUGAGUUUUGCGUUAAGGCGGCGGGGGCGCAGCGGCUGGCCUAUCCCUCCGUGGUGGCAGGCGGCUCCGACGCCUGCACCAUCCACUACCUCCGCGCCGACAAGUCGCUGCCCUCGGGUUCCGAUCUGCUUCUGAUGGACGCGGGUGCGGAGUACUGGGGCUAUGUGAGCGAUGUGAGCCGCACCUGGCCGGUGGGGGGGCGCUUCAGUGGGCCGCAGCGGGAUGUGUACGCCGUGGUGCUGGAGGCACACCAGCGCUGCCUGGCCGCUUGCCGCCCCGGCUCCUCCAUCCGCCUGUUGCACCAGCUGGCAGUGGAGGUGUUGAGUGAGGGUCUGUACGAGCUGCGGGUGCUGCCGGGGGCGUCACGGGGGGAGAUACAGCGCAACCUGUACCGUGAGUUCUUCUGGCACAGUCUGGGCCACUACCUUGGCUGCGAUACCCACGACACGGCGCUCAUCGGACACGACCGGCAGCUGCAGCAGGGGGCGGUCAUCACCGUGGAACCAGGGCUGUACAUCCCGGACCACCCGCGGUUCGGCGCCUUCCGAGGUAUCGGGGUGCGCAUCGAGGACGAUGUGUUGGUGACCGCGAGUGGCUGCCGGGUGCUCAGCGACCAGGCGCCUGUGACCAUCCCCGAGGUGGAGGAGCUGGUGGGUUCAGCCCGGGAGGCAGCAGCGGGGGCAGCAGCAGCAGGGGGGGGAGACGGUUGGCGGUUGCCGCUGCCUCCUCGGUUCGCCACACCACCUCACCGGGCUCUGGAGGAGGGGCGGGGGUCGCCGGUGACAUGGGGGUAGCAGCCUGCGUCUGCGUAUGCUGCUUGUGGUAGAGUGGAUCGCGG